AUGCCCACAAUUCGUCCAUCUCCACUUUCACUCCUCCAUGGUGACGGAUCAGAUCUGAUAACUUCAACAAUGGACGAUUUGUUUGAUUGCGGCGCAUUUGACGACAAGCCUCAAGACAGUGAUGUGAGAGACGGAAAAGAGAAGAUACUCAGCUCGUUGACAUUGACAAACCUAGAGAAGGUGGAGUGUAUGCAAGUUGGCAAGGAGUUACCUUCCAAUUUGCGUGGUUACUACUCUCCUCCCACUUCCUUCAUCAUACCUUACUCAAAUUCACGAUCCUCUGCUACGGCUACCACCUCUUCACUCUCGCCUCAGCCAUUGCGUCGCCAUUUGUGUGACUUUGCAUCUGUCAUACUAUAUGUGCUUACCGAGUUGUUAAAAGUCACCUCCAGUGCUAGAGGCUGUGUUAACACGAAUACCCUCCUUCCAGUAGCGAAAACUGAUUCACGACCACCUCGUGGAGGCCUCCUUGAUGAGGACCACCAGUGGUCACUACCUGGUGGUCAACCGUUCCAACACGUUAAGCCGACUGUUUUGUCAAACGAUAUGCUACUGAUCCACUCUGUCUGUGGAAGGCACCUUUUGAAGGAGGUCACCCAACGCCUCGUAUCAGUUGACAGCCCCAACAGUGGUGAGUUGUCAUCGCAAGUGUUUGACUCGCCUAAACUGCUACGACCUUCCAACUCACUUUCCUCUGUGCGUCGAGAGUCGGCUUUGGGCAGUCCUGUCCUGUCUCGAAGACCUUCGAGUCAUUUGGGUCAAUCACCGCAUCAUCGUAGCUCCAAAUCUGCGCUAAGUGCGCUUCUCGACAGUUGGUUUGCCGAUGUUAUCGCUUGUCCCUCUGUCUCCCACUACAACACCAUUUGUCCAUUCACCACUGACCAAAUUGUCUCCUUACAGCCUCCGUCACUGCUGGCUGGGGACGAAUAUCACAUGCAGUUAGGGGAGGGGGUAGCCAUUAUUAACUCUUCAGUACGUCCCUUCAUUUCCUUGCCCCUCAAUCUCUUUCUUCCAUGA